CUUCUGAGAACUUUUGGCAUGAUAGAAUCAGUUCGAUGCAUGUUUUCGCUUCCAUCCAAUCCGUUGGAGGUGUCUAUUUUACUUUGUUACAUCCCUAUUUUUUUAGUCUGGGUGUACUCGGAGUUAUUGCAGCACUGGAAGCGAAAACACAAUUCAAUGCUUGGAAAACCUUCUGAUGCCAAUUUUGCUUUUCUGAAUCCUGGGCAAGCUAGGGAAGAUGCUGAAACUCUUCUACUAGAAGGAGGCCUUGUAGCAGAUUCUUCAGAAACCUGCAAAUUUUUACCCAUUGUCAGGUUCUUCUGUUUGGACAAGGAGUUUUUGAUUGAGAAUCGUUUAAUCUUAAGAGCCAUGAUGGAAUUUGGAGCUCUUCUGCUAUACUAUUAUAUUUGUGACCGGACUGAUCUCUUUCGAGAGUCAACAAAAAAUUACAGCAGGGACCUUUUUUGGUUCUUGUACUUUCUGCUCAUCAUUGUAGCUGCCAUGACUUCCUUUAAGGUCCAUCACGAGGCAUCAACAUUUUCAGGAAAGGCCAUAAUGUAUUUGAAUAGGCAUCAGACAGAGGAGUGGAAAGGUUGGAUGCAGGUAUUAUUCUUGAUGUAUCACUAUUUUGCUGCAAAAGAAAUCUAUAAUGCAAUCCGUAUCUUUAUUGCUGCAUAUGUGUGGAUGACUGGAUUUGGUAACUUCUCUUAUUACUAUGUUCGAAAGGAUUUCAGCCUUGGACGGUUCUUUCAGAUGAUUUGGAGACUUAACUUCUUUGUAGCAUUUUGUUGCAUUGUCCUUAACAACCAUUAUAUGCUCUAUUAUAUCUGCCCAAUGCAUACAUUCUUCACUCUUAUGGUCUACUGUGCACUUGGAUUUCUGAACAAAUAUAAUGAUAGAGGUUCAGUCAUUACGAUCAAAAUUGCUAUUUGUUUUCUAGUGAUAUUUUUUGUAUGGGAGAUACCUGGUGUAUUUGAGGUUGUAUGGAGUCCAUUCACAUUCCUCUUAGGCUACGUUGAUCCGAGUGCAAAAAUGAAGUAUCCGCCUCUGCAUGAAUGGCAAUUUCGUGCUGGACUUGAUCGUUAUAUCUGGAUUGUGGGAAUGAUUUAUGCAUUUUACCAUCCAACUGUUGAGAGAUGGAUCGAAAAGCUUGAAGAAGCUGAAUUUAAACGGAAAAUGUUAAUCAAAGCUUCCAUAGUAACAUUUUGUGCAGUGGCUGGAUAUUUAUGGUAUGAAUUUGUCUACAAGCUGGAAAAGUACACGUACAACAGAUAUCAUCCCUACACCUCAUGGAUACCGAUUACUAUCUACAUUUGCUUGAGGAACCUAACUCAGGAGUUUAGGAGCUAUUCACUUACGCUCUUGUCUUGGCUUGGAAAGAUAACACUGGAAACCUACAUAUCACAGUUCCAUAUUUGGCUCAGAACUGGAGGGCCAGAUCGACAGCCAAGCAUGCUGCUUUCUCUAAUUCCUGGUUACCCAAUGCUCAACUUCAUGCUCACAUCUGCUAUUUACAUCACGAUUGCCCAUAGAAUCUUUCAAUUGACCAACCGGCUAAGGAUGUUCUUCCUACCCAGCAGCAGCGAUGACAAAAAUCUGGUUUACAAAAUCAUUGCAGCAGCCAUUUUUUGGAUCAUCUUAUACUGCUUAUCAGUGUUGUUGCUGAGGCUCUUAUGGAUCAUGGGUAUGCGGUCUUAAGAUAAAUUUGUGUUCGGCUUUGCUUGCAUAAAUUUAUGUAAAUUUGUUGUAAUAAAUGUGUGUUUUCCUCCUCUUUUCAUGGCAUGUAACAUUAUCCAGAAAAACCAUUAUUGGCUGUUUUGGUACGUUGAGCAUCUGUUAAAUUUCUGUUUCA